AUGUUGGGCUAUAAUGAGGAGCAGACACUCCUGCAUUUUCCUUGGAGGACAUUCCUAAUGGAUGGAGGAUUGUUUCCAGUCAGUAUCAACAACACAAUUAAUAUAAAUUACAACAUGCAGCUGUGCCUGUGCAGCCUGAGUGAUGCCGACCGAAGAGUUGCUCAUGGGGAGCUGGUGGCAAUGCAGUUUUUAAUGGAGGAUGUACUGCAGAACAGCUACGGCUGUGCUGUGGAAGAUCACAUUGACUGUCAAGCCUCGUUAGCUAAGAGCAAGCAGGUACCUCUGACAACUCUGUUUGGGACUGUACAGCUUCUGUGUAGGACUCCCAUUAGUUUUUGCAACCAAAUCUCUGUGAACAUAAGCGACCUAGACCUGAGGUAUGCCGUGAUAACCUCGCCUACUCCUGGCCGUCUGCAGAAUUUGGCAGAAACGGGUCACUCAAGUGCUAACUGGCUGCAGAACAGCAAAAAGACAUCCAAACUUUUGCUGAGGCAUCAUGGUCCUGUCAUAUCAUGUAACUUGCUGAGAUCUUUUCUGAUGCUAUGGAAGCAACUAGAAAUAUUAAAGGCAGAAUGGGGCCAGCUGAAGCUGAGGACUGAGGAUAUCAACACAGUUCCUCUUUACAAAGAGUUUUGUGAGCAAUAUGGUGCAGACAUCCUGUACCCGGCCAUGAAAGCCAUAGUCAGACAAACGGGCACAGAGGAGGGGUUUGGAGAGCCCGUUACAAGCACUCAGCAUAUACUUCCCCCCAGAGGAGCAUCAGAAAUCGAAAUGAAAGUGUACCAGCUUCAAAAGCUUCUGGAAAGCCUAGAAAUCCACAUGAUCCAUGAUGUGCAGAAGAAAAUUAACCAGGAGAUGACUCUAGUGACAUCUGAAAGAGCCAGACAAGACAGCAGUCUCCCCACUGAGAUCUGGAAACACAGGGUAAUGCAAGAAAAUUUCUCAGUUGUACGACCACAGAUAGUUGAAACAUUUGUUCAAAGGCUGAUAGAAAACUACCAAGAAUCAGAUACAGAGGUUACUUUUACAAAAAGCCAUUUACAACAGUGUCUCACCAUACUGGGCUGUGACAUCAUGGCCAGAGAGCGCAGCAACUUUGAGACCUACUCCAUGUUUUAUGAAAAUAUUCUCCAGCAGCAGCAUCGUUUGCUUUACCAAAAAGAACAAAUUGUGGGGCUGUGCCAUGGCAUGAUUAUGGAAAUAACUGCUCUCAGAGCCCAGCUCGCUGACCUAGAGGAAGAAAAUCUUGGUCUCAAAGAGAAGAUUAGAAAAGAAGUACGGGAUGAAUAUGGAUCAUUAGUGCGGAACCUAUUUGUGACUUGUGUCCAUCUAAAAGGAAAGUUGGAUGUCUAUCGCCUUAGCAUUGAGCAACGAAUGUUUGAAAUCAUCAGUGAAGUGAGAAGAGAAGGAGUUGACAAUAUGAUUGAUCUGAAGAAAAAGUUUGGCUCCACUAAAAAUAAUGGUGACUUGAAAGAACGUUUGUCUAAAGAAGCUCUUCAAAACAAAAAAGAGUGUCUGAAUGCUAAGAUGAUGGCAGAACAAGAGGUGACUUCGUUUCAGGAUCAGCUCAUGUCUGUAAGGAAAGCUCUUGCAAAAUCUCGGGCAGACAAUGACAAGCUAAAGAAACAGCUACAUGAACAGAAACAAAUGCUGUUGGAAGUAGUACAGAGGAAGACACAAGAAGCCAAGAAGAGACAAGUACCCAGUGCGAUGAAAGCUGAAAACAUAAAGAAGAUGCUUGAAGGGAUGGAAGAAAAAGAGCAGAGAGUGAACUGCCUAACCAAGGAAGCUGAAAAAUCUUCUAAAACAUGCCAUCUUCAACAAAAAGGGGUCAAAAAAGAACUGCAGCAGAUAAGAAGCCAGUUAACCCAAGAGUGCAGUUUAAAAUGGGAGGCCUUCCAGCAGGUUGAUGAACUGCAGUGUCAAGUUUAUGACCUGGAAGCUGCAGUUUCUCAGAGGAAUGCAACUGCAGGUUCUGCAGCUCAGAUCCAGAGUAACAAGCUUUCAGGAUCCACUCAGCAUGGGGAUUACCAGCAGCAUCCUUUGAAUUUUGACCCAAGAAGCAGCAAUGGAACAGGAGGAAACACUCAAAGACAGUGCCUAGCAGAUGGAAGGAGAGAACAGCAGAUAGGCUAUUACCACACCUAA